AACAGGAAGCAUUGUGCCUUCACUGCCUUCACCAUCAAGCUCUUGGCUGGCCAGUGUCAUCCCAGACGGGCUGCAGAACCAGCCUGGGAAAGAGCAGACAGAAGCCCCUGCCAGCCCAGCCAGACGUCCCUGCCAUGGUCACCAGGCCAUCAAGCGGGGACAUGCUGCACCAGCACUGUCUGCUGCUCACCCUGGUGUGUCUGCUCACCCUCGGGUCUGGCCUCCCCCAGGAGUGCACCAAGUACAAAGUCAACACCUGCCGGGACUGCAUCCAGUCGGGCCCUGGCUGUGCCUGGUGCCAGCAGCAGAACUUCGCCGGGCCGGGGCAGCCUGACUCCAUUCGCUGUGACACACGGGAGCAGCUGCUAGCUAUGAAAUGUGCAGCGGAUGACAUCAUAGACCCCAGGAGCAUUGCUGACAGCCAGGUGGACCAGAAGGGGGGUCAGAAGCAGCUGUCCCCACAGAGAGUGACGCUGUACCUGAGACCAGGUCAGGCAGCUGCGUUCAACGUGACCUUCAGGCGUGCCAAGGGCUACCCCAUCGACCUGUACUAUCUGAUGGACCUGUCCUACUCCAUGCUCGAUGACCUCAUCAACGUCAAAAAGCUGGGGGGCGACCUGCUCCGGGCCCUCAACGAAAUCACGGAGUCCGGCCGCGUCGGCUUCGGGUCCUUCGUGGACAAGACGGUGCUCCCCUUCGUCAACACGCACCCCGAGAAGCUGAGGAACCCGUGCCCCAACAAGGAGAAGGAGUGCCAGCCCCCAUUCGCCUUCAGGCACGUGCUGAGUCUCACUGACAACUCCAACCAAUUCCAGACGGAGGUGGGGAAGCAGCUGAUUUCUGGGAACCUGGACGCCCCUGAGGGCGGGCUGGACGCCAUGAUGCAGGUCGCCGCGUGUCCGGUGAGGCCCUACCACAGAUCUCCCGACCUGAGGGCCACCUUCACCUUGUGUCCUCUUAGGGACCUGAUGAGCCCCAGGCCCUGCUGGUUACCCACAGAUAUCACUAUCAGUGCCCGUGCUGGGGGCAAUGACUACCCGUCAGUGGGCCAGCUGGCGCACAAGCUGGCCGAAAGCAACAUCCAGCCCAUCUUUGCCGUGACCAAAAAAAUGGUGAAAACCUAUGAGAAGCUCAGCGACAUCAUCCCCAAGUCGGCCGUCGGGGAGCUGUCGGACGACUCCAGCAACGUGGUCCAGCUCAUUAAGAACGCCUACAACAAACUGUCCUCCAGGGUCUUCUUGGAUCACAGCACCCUCCCCGACACCCUGAGAGUCACCUAUGACUCCUUCUGUAGUAACGGAGCAUCUCAGGUGAACCAGCACAGGGGGGACUGUGAUGGCGUCCAGAUCAACGUCCCGAUCACCUUCCAGGUGAAGGUCACGGCCUCGGAGUGCAUCCAGGAGCAGUCAUUCGUCAUCCGGGCGCUGGGCUUCACGGACACAGUGACUGUACAAGUCCUUCCGAAGUGCGAGUGCCAGUGCCGGGAUGCAAACCGGAACCGCAGCCUCUGCGACAACAAAGGCUCCAUUGAGUGUGGCAUCUGCAGGUGUGACGCUGGCUACAUUGGGAAGAAUUGUGAGUGCCAGACGCAGGGCCGCAGCAGCCAGGAGCUGGAAGGAAGCUGUCGCAAAGACAACAACUCCAUCAUCUGCUCGGGGCUGGGGGACUGCAUCUGCGGGCAGUGCCUGUGCCACACGAGUGACGUGCCCAAUAAGAAGAUCUUCGGGCAGUUCUGCCAGUGCGACAAUGUCAACUGCGAGCGCUAUGAUGGGAAAAUCUGCGGGGGUGAUGAUCGGGGGGAAUGCUUCUGUGGCAAGUGCCUCUGCAAAGCGGGCUUCGAGGGCUCAGCCUGCCAGUGUGAGCAGUCCACGAACGGCUGCCGGAACCCUCGGGGGUCUGUGUGCAGUGGCCGGGGCCGGUGCCGCUGCAACGUGUGCGAGUGCAUGCCGGGCUACCAGCCGCCCUUCUGUGAGGAGUGCCAGGGUUGCCAGAUACCCUGUGGCGAACACAUCUCCUGUGCCGAGUGCCUGAAAUUCGACAAGGGCCCCUUUGAGAAGAACUGCAGUGUGGCAUGUCAGAACCUGAGCCUGCUAAGUGAACCCCACAAGGCGGGUCGGCUCAGCACCCCCAAGCAGAACCGGAGGUGUAAGGAGCGUGACUCGGAAGGCUGCUGGGUGACCUACACAAUGUGGCAGCAGGACACGGAGGCCACUUACGACAUCUAUGUGGAUGAGACGCGAGAGUGUCCAGAGGGCCCCAACAUUGCCGCCAUCGUGGGAGGCACCUUGGCGGGAGUCGUGCUGAUCGGUGUCUUCCUACUGGUCACCUGGAAAGCCUUGACCCACUUCAGUGACCUCAGGGAAUACAAGCGCUUCGAGAAGGAGAAGAUGAAGUCUCAGUGGAACAAUGAUAACCCCCUUUUCAAGAGCGCCACCACGACAGUCAUGAACCCUAAGUUUGCUGAGAGUUAGGGGCACUCCAUGAAGACAGAGCCGUCUGAACCGGCCAGAUGGAAGCACCCCCAAACCACACCGCCUGCAGACAUGGCUCCAAUGCCUGGCAACUUCAGCCAUUAACUGAAAAUGCAGUUUCUUCUGCCCUCAAAAUGGCAGAUGCGGCCAGGUGACUCCAUGGGCUCUCAGAAGCAGCCACCCUUCUUACUUGCAUGACCUUUUUGAUAGAGGCUUGAAAAAGGGAUUGCCGGAGUCUGACGAGGUUAGAUAACAUGCUUUCCUCUGUAAAAGCCAGGAUGGCAGUCUAAUUAAACAUGUUAAAAAUGUA